AUGCUUGGAGUAUUCACAAUAAUCGUUCCAUAUUUGGCCGUAUUUACAAAUUGCGCCCCCGAUUCCACUCCCGCCCUCACUCCCGCCCUCACUCCCGCCCUCACUCCCGCCCUCAUUCCCGCCCUCACUCCCGCCCUCACUCCCGCCCUCAUUCCCGCACCUGCUCCGGCCCUUUCUGCCUUCCAAAUUCCUCUCCUCCUUUUCCGCCUUCCAUCUUCCAUUUCCAAGGCUUGCCAGUAUCUUACUUACAUGCUGAUCCCUUUUCUCUUUGUUAUCGCUUCUCUGCAAUGUGUAUUCCCUCUGAUCGUAUCAGGCUACUUGGACUGGUGA